UUCCUGAGUUCGGGUUAUUAAAAAAAUAUCAGGAACAUCGAAAUGGAAACUAAAUUAACUUAAUAAGCAGCUAAUGAGAAGAUUAAUUCCAAUCUGCACUGUUUUGGGGGUCUGCGUGGCUAGAGCUGCUUCACUCGCGGAAACCUGUCAUUUCUCUAUGAACCUGUGCUCCCUCCUCUUAAAAGAACCUGGGCUGUGUGUAUUUUGGGUGGGGUGGGGUACUCACUCAGACCGUCCCACCUCCCUCUUUCCCAGUCAAGACGCUCCAAGUUCGUGGAGCGCAAACUCUCCAAAGAGUUUAUAGCUCCUGCUUCAGAACUGCACCGGGUUGGAAGGAGCCAAGAAACGUUUAGAGCAGAAACAGAUACUUUCACAAGUGGAGUGCGUCGGGAAUGGCGAAGAGGCGGAAUGGUCCUCUCGCCGACCUGCACAUGUGAGCCCAGAGGCCACCGGUAACUUUUUUUUUUUGUACUUCAAAGGAGACGGGAAACCGGGCAAUAACAGAGAAGACAGAGUGGGGAGAAAAGAGAGAAAAGUCCGCUUUGAGCUGACUCCUACAAGUGUCCAAUAACAUCGACGGGAUGGUCGUUCUGCCUGGAAUCAGCUGGGUCUUCCUGAGCGCGCUGCUGCACGCUGUGGCACCCUGGGGCGCAGACCGACCGGGCAGACCGAGACAGUGCGACGCUCCAAAGUCGCAAAGUGACAUGAACUCUUUCCUUUGGAGAGUAAAGCGGGCACAUCCUCACCCACCUUCUUACUUAUUUGGUACCAUCCACGUGCCCUACACCCGAGUCUGGGACUUCAUUCCCAACAGCUCCAAGCAGGCUUUCCAUGACAGCAAUAAUGUUUACUUUGAGCUGGACCUGACUGAUCCCCUGACCAUCUCCAAACUGACCAGCUGCCAGUUACUGCCCCACGGAGAAAACCUGCAGACCCUGCUACCUCGAGAUCUGUACCGCCGACUCAAACGCCAUCUUGAUUACGUCAAACACAUGAUGCCUUAUUGGAUGACAGCUGACCAGCGAGGCCGAGGCCUGUAUGCUGACUACCUGUUCAAUGCUAUUGCAGGGAACUGGGAGAGGAAGAGGCCUGUGUGGGUAAUGCUGAUGGUAAACUCACUCACAGAAUGGGACGUCCGGUCCAGGGGGACACCAGUGCUCGACCUGUUUCUAGCUCAAGAGGCAGAGCGAAUGGGAAAGACUACAGGGGCAGUUGAGCAAGUGGAGGAGCAGUGUCAUCCCCUCAAUGGACUCAACUUCUCUCAGCUGCCUCACUUCAUCAACAGCUCUUUGCCAGCUCAUGACCGCAUGACGGCUCAGCAGAUUGACAGCUACUUCCGCCAGGAGCUGAUCUACAAACGCAACGAGCGAAUGGCACGACGAGUUUCUGCCCUGCUGCAGAGAAAUCCCAACCAGACUUACUUUUUUGCUUUCGGUGCAGGCCACUUUCUGGGGAACCACAGCGUGCUGGACAUCCUGAGGCAGGAGGGCUAUGAGAUUGUCCACAUGCCCUCUGAUCAUCAAGAGCCAGCCACAGAGGCAGCAGGUCCAGACCUCCUUGCAGCACCAGAGUUCAGCAAGGAGAAUACAGACACUAGCACAGGAUCUCCCAUUAGCUGGCCAACCAGUCCAGAGAUGGAGCUGGAGCUCGAGGAUCCAGAACCUAUGCCUGGCCUUGGAGGGGAGGAGCUGCCUCACAUGCUGCUCCCUGACAGCUUGAGCCAGCUAGAGGAGUUUGGACGCCAUAAACGGCCACGCAAAGCUCACCGUGGCCACGGGAAACCCCGUCUCUUCAGUGACCUGUGGGUUCGCAUUGGGGAUGGCACCACCCCACCACCAAACGUGAGGAUAAUCAAUGGCUAUGUGACAGUGGAGCCUCCGCUGACCUACCAAAAGCAUCGCAGGCGGAUGGAGAUCUACGAGAUAGAUCGAGAUAGUUCGCCUUCCUCCACUUCACCAAGUCCCAGCUCAGCCCAGCUAGCUCACAGCAAAGUCACGCUGUCUUGUGCUUUAGCGUGGCUUUUAUCACACAUAUUGUUCACCUCCUGACCAAAAGAAAGUGUUACCUCAUGAGAAACAUUGGACAAUACUUCAUCCACACCAGAGCAGUGGAGCGUACCUGAUAAAGCCAAACAAGGAGUGAUUGUCAGGGAGAAACAUCUCAGUCAGGAUAAGACGUCUUAACGUGGGACGAUCCGUUCUCCACCAUAGAGCGAGAUCGGCUUCAGGCUGCUGAAAUGCCAAUGUCUUUAAAAACUUGCCAAGUCUCAUAAUGUGUGGAAUAAGCUCUGUGCUGCGUAAGAAGCAAAACGUGGACUAUGUUGAACUGCAGUGGGGUCAAGUCCAAACCUCCUGAAAGUAUUGAGAUAGAAUAACAAACACACAGCACAAUGAAGAAUUGUAAAUUUAAAGAGCUGGAGUCUUUUACCUAUAAAAACUGUAAUAUUAUGUAGAAAAAUAAGACUGACUUUAAUAAUGAGAAUAGGUCAUACUAACAGUUAUAACUCUGUGAAAAGAAAUGAGUUGAAUAAACAAGGUACUGUGUGAGGCAUUUACCUUCACACAGAGAAGCACUCAGAUGCCACUUUGUAAAUUGUGCAUUUUGUUCAUAAAGAAAUAUUGUAUAUUUAUUAUUUCUGGAAGAAAGAGUAUAUUUUCUUGCUUUUUGAAAUAAAACGUAAAUAAAUACAGUCUGUAAACUAAUCGAGUGCAUCAAGCGGUCUUUCUUUCAGCAGACAUAAACUGUGUGUUUAAGAAUACGUUUAUAACACCACCAUCUGUUCUUUAUUUAAAGUGUGAAAUUAUGGAUAUUUUUUGUCAUAAUCUAAUGAAGCAUAUACUUCGGAAUUGUCAAAAACAUUCAAAUAUGACUAUUAUCUGGAAAAAUGAAUAGAAACUAUAGUGUAACUACACGUUUUUAACUAGGGAAACAAGCAACAUGUGAGUUGAGUCUGCCACCUGCUGGCUAAUACAAGGAAAACAUGGGGAAAGCAAACCUCAUAAUGAGUCAUCUGUCAGUUGUGUCUCCAUUAUAAAGCUCACAAACAGGACUGUGCAACUGUGAAAUGCAACUUUGAGAAAUGUGAAAAGUAUAUAUUACCACACAGCAACGGACAAAACAAAAAUAAGGAUAUUAGCCAUUAAUCAAAGGUCAUACUACAUUUAAACAUUUUAACAAAAGGAGGAAUACGGAGGCCGUUGAGCUCUGAGUGUUAACAAUUAACCACAAAUAUCGAACUCCAUCACUUCCCUUUUUGAAGCUGCUUGAAUGAUGAAGCUUCACUUUAAAUAUUUUAAGAUUGGAUGCUUCCUCUAAGCUCCAUAAAACAUAAGAAUCCUUUCAGUCGUCACAUACUGCGAUUAACUAGGUUACAACUUCUCUUAAGGGAAUCGUUGGCAACAGACAAA